AAGGAUGUUUCCAGAGUAUUGAAGUAUGGAUAUUAGUGUGGUCCUAGACAUCGUCCCCAACAUACAAUCCAAUGGUCACAACUGAACUUUCCAAACCAUUCAGAAGAUGUAUACCACUAGCCUAUAAUUGGCGCGCGCACGUCCGAAUAUCGCUACGUGGAUCCAUCUUGCUACAAAGUUCAGGACCGUUAGCAAACCGCCAUUAAGUUCUCAUAGCACCGUCUCAUUCCAAGUCCAUUGACUGACCAUAGACUAAAUCGACUUAUAUGCGAAACAAGACAGAGAGUUCCUCCUUUCACCCCCACAAUAUAUAAUUUCACUGCCAACUCCACCAUCACGAACAAACCAUGAUUUGUAUUGAGUGUGCCUACAACGAGAUCGAUCGGCUCUAUUUCAAGUACAAGAGCGAGUACAUCAAACUCACCAUAUGUCCCAACUGCCAGAGAAUAGCAGAUAAGUACAUUGAGUAUGAUAACGUGGUGUUGUUUCUCGACAUCCUUUUGCUUAAAGCACCUGCCUAUCGCCACUUGGCCUACAACGUGACGGAAGCCGAGCUCGUCCAGAAGACAGACUCUGGUACCUCCACUAUCAAGAACUUCAUCGUGCGGUACAGAAAGCUCCUCAGACUCAUUACCUUGAUCGUGCUAUUCGAGGUGUACUUGACAUGGGCAUACGAAGAGAAACAACAGUGGAACACGUUGGCCAUGCGCUACAUCUUGACACGUCCAAUCUACUACCAGUAUCUGUUUUUUCUCCUCAGGCUGAUCGCAGAGCAGCUUGUGCUCAACCUGACCAUCCAACUCGUCUACAGAAAACUAUUCAAGUGGGGACACACCCGCAACAAAAACUUACCAGAAGCAAGUCAGAAUGGGUACUACACUUCAGUACUAUUACUCACAGUGUUGGUGUCCAGCUCUAUUAAAUUAUUUCCUAUACUAAUGUUGAUUUGGCCCUAUGACAAGACGUCUAUAUCGGGACCAGUCAUUAAUAUCAUAGCCUUCAUCAACAUCAUCGAGGCAUUGACCAUCAUCACCAACUCGUCAUACCUCACGGCUACUGCGGUGCUUCUGGUUGCAACACUCCUGCAAUUGUUCAUCUCUAAACAAAUUGUCAGUUUGAUCAUAUCUCACUUUUCAGGCAUCGACUUAGCUGAGAUCCUCCUCAGCGAACGAACAGAUUUGAUCAACCUGGCUCGCAAAUACAAGGACUUGUGGACAGGUAUCCGUGACAGUAUCUUGUCCUAA